AUGGCUAAGAAGGUUUAUAAACCUAAUCCUUUACUCGACAUUUUGCUACCCAUCCUAUUUACCUCGCUAGCUGCAUUUGUUAUUCGGAACCUCUAUAUCGAGGGUCGGUACUUCUGGACGCUUGUCGCCAUGACGAUCAUCGUUACCGUUCUAGUUUUAAGUGUUGAGUAUUGUUUGCGAAUCUUUGGAAGAUGGCUUUCUCGCACGUGGCUCAGUGAUGAACACCAUGGAGAUCCUCUUUCUCACAACUUAGCCUUGAAGAAGUUUGUAGAUCAAGGCUGGCAGCUCGUGUAUCAUUCUAUUUUUUCGUUCUGGGAAUACUUGCUCCUCCGGAAAUAUAAUUGGUUUGAAGGCGAACGCCUCUUUUUCUCUGUGUCCGAGGAAGAGAUCACUCCGGACAGCAUCAAAUACCUGUUCAUUUCUCAGAUCGCUCUCUGGUUGUUCCAAGCGUACCGCCACGUGUUCGUCAACCAGCGCAAGAAGGAUUACUACGAGCUGUUCGUCCACCACAUCGCGACCCUCAGUCUGUGCUACGUCGCUUACGAUCGCUACUACCACCUCGGCCUUCUCAUUCUCUUCCUCCAUGAUUUCAGCGACAUCCUCAUCGACACUCUGAAGCUGCUCAAUCUCUGCAAGAUCAGCGGCAGCGAGGACUAUUUCAUCCUGGAGACCGAAUACGUCCUCACCUGCGCGGUCUGGUCCUACGAGCGCCUCUACCUGCUGCCCUAUUUGUUCCUCCAGAAGGGCCUCGCGGUGUGCUGGAAGCUCUACAGCAACGUGCCGCGCAUCGAAAUGCUCAAAGCCGAGUGGAUCUUCUUCGCGCAGAUCGCAUGUCUCAUCGUCCUUUAUAUCCUGCAUUGGUACUGGUUCAUUCUCUUGCUACGCAUCGGACUGAGAGCCUUCGUGACGGAGAGGGAGAAUAUUCGACAGGUCACGAAGGAGGGCUAUGAGGGAGCCUCGGAUACAGAGUCAGAGAAUGAGGAGGAUGAGGAUGAGGAUGAGGAGAAGAAGAAGAAGAAGAAGAAGAAGAGCCAGAGCAGUGGAAAGAAGCAUAAGAAAAGCGAGUAG